CUAUCACCCCCCUCACAUCCCACCCUCCCCGGUCCUCCCCCGCACAUAACCACAUGCCCUCCGCCCCUGCAACAUAGCCAGACACGCCCUACAACAACACCCUUCGACCGGAGUUGGCAUCGCUUUCACCAACAUGGGAGUGAGCACGGCCGUCCCCCUCCUCCUGCUGGCGCUGCUGCUGCUGCUGGAGGGAGCCGACGCCUACCUGCUGGACCCAGAUACCGUGGCAGCACUCCCGCCCCCCAAAAGUUACUUCGCCGGCAGUCGCUUCAAUGGCUGGGCGCGCACGGUCGUGGCCGGCAUUGGUUUCUCCUUCCUCCACGCUGCGGGCGUCAUCCUGGCCAUCAAGCGGUGGAGGAACAAGGUCAUCAACCUGUACCAGUACUACGAGGAGCUGGAGGACUACCUUCUCGAGAACUUUCCCGAGGAAUUUCCGGACAACCUGCCGGACUACCUCUUGGAUGACCUUCCUGAGGGCUUCCUCGACAGCAUUUCCGACCUCCCUACAGACCUCUCUAACCUUACCUCCGCGGAAAUCGAUGAUCUGGACCUCCCUUCGCAGUUCCCUGACAACUAUUUCAGUGGUUUGGCAGAAUACUUCCCCUACUUAUUCCCUAACGGAGCCCCUCACGCCGUGGGCUUCCUGAGACCUGGAAUCUUCCCGAAGGUAAAGUUUGGGGACCGUGAGGGUGGCGACCCCGACAAUCGCAGCCCACUGUUCAGACGCGCCGACCAAUCGCCGCCCUCGCAGAACAUUAAUAGCCUCUCUGCACCGCCGCUUCCUCCAAGCCACCUGGUGCCCCCCGGCCCCCAGUACGGCGCCCCGUCUCCUUCCCUGCAGGUUUAUCAGCCCCAACACUCGUCCACUUACCAAAAGAGGUCGUUGCAGGAGCCUUCCCCGUCCUCUCCUCCUGAAGGCCACCUGCGUGCGGCGGUGCAGGGGGUGCUGGAGACGGAAGACAUACACGAGGUAGUGGUGAGGACGGCGCAGUUGGUGCAGGAGGUGGUGCAGCACAUGGACGAGGACGACUGCCUCCUCAAGUUCAUGUGCCACAUUCAGCAGCAGCCCCAGGACUCCCGCGCCCCCGAGCAGGACCUGCUGGUGCGCCUCUUCCAGCUGAAUGCCACCGCCGAAGCCUCGGAGUGCGGGCGGGAGUUCACCAACUGUCCCGUGGAGCUGAACAGGCUGUCGGAGGCUUUCUCGUACUCGUGGCAGACGCAGAACUCUGUCGAGGGGAAGAAACUUCGUUAACUUGCGUGUAUGUGUGUAUCUAUGUGUGCAUGUAUUUAUGUAUGUGUGUAUGUACAUUAUGAUUCUAAUACAAAGGGCAUCUAUGAAAAUUAAUCCAAAAAUACAAUUAAAAAAACAUAACA